AUGAAAUUGCCUGACUUUGAAAAGGAACCAGGAGACCACAAUGCUGAAAGCCAGAGGAGAGAAAAAUCUCUGUCCAUUCGACGGGAGCUGGAGCCGAGCCGAGCCGCGGUGGGCGGGGCUGGGCGAAAGGACUUCCGGAAAGCUGAGCCAAAGCACGUGACUGUUGUCGGCAGAAGCGGGGUUUCUCCCGCCUGCGAGCCUUGGCAGGGUUCUUUACCUUCCAAGGCUGCUAGCGCUUCCCUGCGGAAUACGCCGUUCUUGGAGCUGGACACGAACUUGCCCGCCAACCGAGUGCCCGCAGGGCUGGAGAAACGGCUCUGCGCGGCCGCUGCCGCCAUCCUGGGCAAACCUGAGGACCGCGUGAACGUGACGGUGCGGCCAGGUCUGACCAUGGCGCUGAACGGCUCCGUGGAUCCCUGCGCGCAGUUGUUCGUCUCCUCCAUUGGCGUGGUGGGCACAGCAGAGGAGAAUCGCAGCCACAGUGCCCGCUUCUUCGAGUUCCUCACCAAGGAGCUGGCCUUGGGCCAGGACCGGAUAAUUAUCCGCUUUUCCCCGUUGGAGCCCUGGCAGAUUGGCAAGAAAGGGACUGUCAUGACUUUUUUAUGAUUGGCAUAGAGGAAUCCUGGGCAUCUGUGAGCUG